AUGGCUCGAAGCUACUUGAAAAGUAUCGGCUCCCAUGCCUCGGCUCAUAGCUCGGUAUCGCGCUUUGCUAACCAUAUUGACACAGUCUUGUCCAACAGAGAAGCAAUUGCAGAGAUCGAUGCCGAACAUGCCGAAGAUGAUGAGGAUCUCUUGCACCAAAUUGGAUACAAGCAAGAAUUGAGAAGAGAAUACUCCACUCUACAAGUUUUCGGUAUCGCGUUCUCAAUUAUGGGUUUGCUUCCCUCCAUCACAAGUACAACUAGUAUUGGUUUGGAAGGAGGUGCUGGAUCCUUGGUUUGGGGUUGGUUCAUCGGUGGAUUCUUCACUCUUUGUGUCGGUAUUUCAAUGAGUUUCUUGGGCUCCGCUAUUCCAACCUCCGGAGGUUUGUUCUACUACGCCAACUACUACUGUCCUGACGAGUUCCGUGUUCCCUUGAGUUUCGUGAUUGGCUGCUCGAACUCUUUGGCUUUGUGUGGUGGCUUGUGCUCCAUCAACUAUGGGUUCGUGAGUGAACUUUUCGCAGCUAUUCAACUCUCUACUGGCUGGACCGGAACGAAGUACGAGAUCUAUGGAGUGUUUGUGGCGUGCUUGUUGUCUCAAUUGGCUUUAUGUUCAGUCACAACUAAGCUCACUGCUGAAGUUCAAACUGCUUCUAUUGUCAUCAACGUGUUUAUCAUCAUCUUGUUCUUUAUCGCUGUUCCGAUCGGCUACCACAAAAACGUUGGAGCUUUCAACGACAGCCUGUUCAUCUUCAAUGAUUUCACCAAUGCUAGAGAGUGGACAACAGGCUGGUCAUUUGUGCUCUCCUGGAUGCCUGUUAUCUGGACCAUCGGCGCAUUUGACUCCUGUAUCCACAUGUCUGAGGAGUGCAAGAAUCCAACAAGAAAGGUCCCAAUUGGUAUUGUGGGCUCUAUUACAACCUGUUGGAUUGUCGGAUGGUUCAUUGUCAUUGUGAUAAGUGCAUGUAUCAAGGACAAAGACAUUGAGAGAGUUAUGCUGUCUGUGACAGGAAUGGUUGUUGCUCAAAUCAUUGAGGACGCUUUGGGAUCCAAAUGGGCUGUAGCUUUCAUGGUUUUGAUUGCAAUCGCACAGUACAUGAUGGGAAUUUCUAUUCUUAUUGCUUUGUCUAGACAAGUGUUUUCCUUCGCCAGAGACGACGGAUUACCAUUCGUUUACAACUACGUGAAGGUCAUCAACCCAAGAAUCAAGGUGCCUCUUCGUGCUACUGCGUUUGCCGUCGGCUUGGGAUGCUUCAUGGGUUUGUUGAUUUUGAUCAACUCUGUUGCUGCCAAUGCUCUCUUCUCCUUGGCUGUCGCUGGAAAUCUCCUUGCAUGGGGUGUACCUGUCAUGUUGGUGCUGUUGCCAACCAAGGCCGCCAAAAGAUUUGUACCUGGUCCAUUCUACAACAAAUACCUCUUCGCACCAAUCAAUUGGAUUACGAGCGCUUGGGUGAUCUUUGUUAUUGUUUUGGCCAUGUUCCCAGAUAACCCAGACCCCACCGCACAAACUAUGAACUACACCGCCGCUAUCAACGGUGGAGUGUGGCUUUUGGCUGUUGUGUACUACUUUGUGUAUGGAUACAAACACUACCACGGGCCCAAGUCGAAUCUUAGCACCAUUGAUGGUACUGUUGAGCACACCGAAUCUGCGGAGUACGUUACUACGAAGCACUCUACUGAGAAGGUCUGA